GUUUUAAAGAUGUCUGAGAAGCUUUCGGGCGAGGCUUGCAUGGGAGAACGCGAGGAGGCAGACAUUGCCCUCAGUUUCAAGGAGUCCAGCUUUAGAGACUUUGGUUCAAUGUCCUCGCAAGACAGCGGGUACAGUGAGCUAUUAAAAUCUUACAGUUUCGAAAACGCUGAUAAAGAUGUUUGGGGAAAGAAAGAAGGAAAGCCAACAUCAGACGAUGAACACCCCACGACUCCUCUGCUGGGCUUCCCAUCCCCUCUGAGAUCUCUCACGCACAAAAAGAGAUUUCUCUCGCACCAAAAGGCAAAGGAUGACGCCCUAGAACUCUGUGAAACCCCCAAAGUGGGUGGGAAGAAGUUUUUGCCUCGGAGAAAGUUGCACAUCCCCUAUGCCCGGCUACAGGAGGUUACGGAGUCACAAAAUGGUUCUCUGGAAAAUCAAAUCAGCCACCUUCUAAGUUUGGAGGCAAAUGCUUCCAGCAGUGCAGCAAGGAAACAAUAUUUGAGUCCUUUAGUUUUUAGCACUCGCAAGCCAGAGGCAGAAGCUGAGAAACUAAGGCUGAUUUUUGCUCAGCAGAAGACUUCCACAGUGGACGAGUCCAAAGAGAGUAGUUGUGGCCUCUUUGAGGUGGACUGUCUGUCUCCGAUUCCUGGAAACAGUUCUCAAGACUCUUUCCGCCAUGAAUUUAGUGACAGCAGCCUAUGUGUCAACGAUGACAAGAUGCACGCUGGGCCCCUGGGCGCCUCCCUCUGUAGAACUGCUGAUGGGUCAGACGAGGAUGUGUUUAUGACUCCAAUAAGUAAUCUCGGAGCCAGCAUGAACUUUAAUGCCAGACAGAGGUUCUCACUUUCCACACAAACCAGGGGCAGCAUUUCUACCCCCAAAGACAGCGGCUUUGACUCACUGUCCUGGGACCGAGCUGAAGAAAGCCUCUCGGAUCAGGAUCAGGAAAGUUCUUUCCAAGAACUGCUGGAGAAACCAAAGGGGCCAUUGAGAGUGGGGGACACUGUGAAAGGGUCCCGGCAGCUCGUGAGGCUGAGAAGACUGUCCACACUCCGGGAGCAAGGCUCGCAGUCUGAGACAGAAGAGGAGAGGCCGGCCCAGAAAGUCUCCUCAGAAGUGACCCCCGACAGCCCCGAGACACAGCGUCAGGGCAGAGCUGAGGCACGCAGUGCCCUGGCGGAUCUCUCAAGCACCCCGGCCUUGCAACUGGUGCACGAGCUCUUCCUGACCAACAAAAGGAAACGAUUCCAGCAGGAAUUCUUGGAAGAAAGGGAUGGGGGCCGGAUCGCCGUGCUGCAGUGUGUGCUGGCAGGGUUGAUAGGCAAGAAGAUGGGGCUAAAACAACUGGACAUCCUAACGGAAUUAAAGCAGAGGAACUUGAAGCACGUCCUUGCUAUGAUUUUAGAUUGCUUGAUGGCAGAAAGCCUGUGCAGUGUUUGGAAAGUGAGCAGAAAUUGGCAAGACAUUAUUAUUCAAGAUAAAAAAGCAAACCAGAGGAGGAAAAGUUACAUGGCACAACUGAAAAUGGAUUCUGAGGGAAUGGCUGUCUUACAUGUGCAAGAUGCUGGUACUCGGCUUCAUCUUUUAAAUCGAUCUGCUUUAAGAUUGGUGCAAGCUCAGGCCAGGACGCCAGCUUCUCAGAAAUACCAAGUUCCAAUUGUGUCUCCGUGGGGAGAAGCAUCGUGGACUCCAGGAACAAGCUGUGGCGCCCCACACUUCAGUCGCAAGCAGGAGGAGUAUGUGAAGGUGGCCCAAACCCUUUUUAGUGACGAAGCCUUAAAACCCUGCCCGAAGUGUCAGUCCCCAGCUAAGUACCAGCCACACCAGAAAAGGGGAUGGUGCAGCCGCGCUGCCUGUGGCUUUGACUUUUGUGUGUUGUGCUUGUGCCAUUAUCAUGGGGCUGAAGAAUGUAGGACAGUGGCCAAGUCAAGACAUAGGAAAGAUGCCCUGCCAGGAAGUACGCGGAGUAAACAGAAUUUAAAGCGUCUCUAA